CUCUGGAGAAUUGGCAGAUAUAAUAAUUAUGAGAUUUAGUAUUUUCAUUUGCCUGUUAUCCCUAGCUUUCUGAUACACAGAAGUGAAUACGAGCAGGGACUCAGUCAAGUGCCUCAAGGAUCCAACAAAGAAGCUAUGCGGUUGGAACCUCAAGUCAGAGCUCAGCAGCAGAAUUUGCUGUGAUCUAGAUGACCUCAGCGAAGAGUGUGGACAAAUAAGCGGAGUCACAUGUUCGAAUGAUCUUGAAAAAUUAGGUGACAAAGCUGGAUAUCUUUUGGCUCUUCCUUCUGAAGACUGUGAGAACACCAAAUUUAUCGCCAAGGAUCAUUCACCUUUAUUCCUUAAUAUCAGCUAUGUGCACCCUGAAUUAGUCUGUGUAGUAAAGAUUAGGAACAAAGGAUCGUAUUCCUCCAGACUCAGAUUGAUAGAAGAUGAGUUUACCAAUAUUGAUGCUUUUAUUUAUGAGACAGAUCUUGACCAUACCUUCUUCGAGAAACGUGACCAAUUCACCUCUUCAGAAGCUAUCAGCCCUGUUGGAGACCUUAGAGAUUUCCAUAUCUGGUAUGAUAACACCUCUGUCAUUGUAGUCCUAGCAAAGGAUGCAACUCAGGGCCAUGGUGUCUUUAAAGCUGACUUACAUCCUCUACCUGCGUUUGAAGAUGAAAUUGAGCAUAUUGAGGAUCAUAUGAAACAAGUCAGGCGUGAUUGGGUAGUCUUCGCUAUGUUCAUAAUCGGCGUGAUCCUUGUGAUCUGAGUUUUUCCCCUGUAUUGCACAUCCUUCAGAAAGAGAGACCAAUUUCAGCAAUACAAUGGUCUAGAUCUCAGAAGUCUGAAAAGUGAAGUGGUUGAUCCUCAACAGAUUGUGUUCGGGCAAGUUGAUAAAGAAAAAGGAAAUUCUAAUCUAUUUGGAUAUCACGAGAGGUUAAUGCAAUUCAGACAAGAGAACUUAUAAACUUCUGGAUCUCAGAAUAAUUCCUGAACUUCAUAAAAGAUUCUC